CUUGCCCAAUUAGACACUGCCGCCGCUCGGCUGCAGCCAAUGUCCGCCAGUCAGGCUCCUUAACAAUCAGGAUAAACACAACACAAGCAUCCUGCGCACUCACUCUGCUUUUUUUUUUUAGUGCCAUUGUCUUGAGACGUAGCGACACGCAGCUGUCCUCCAGUGCAUAAAAGAUGGGUAAGGAUCCAAAGAAGCCCCGGGGCAAGAUGUCCUCCUACGCCUACUUUGUGCAAACAUGCCGGGAGGAGCACAAGAAGAAGCAUCCCGAGGCCAGCGUCAACUUUGCAGAGUUCUCCAAGAAAUGCUCAGAGCGAUGGAAGACAAUGUCCCCGAAAGAGAAAGGCAAAUUUGAAGACAUGGCCAAGCAGGACAAGGUGCGCUACGAGGCAGAGAUGAAGAACUAUAUUCCGCCUAAGGGACAGAAGAUGAAGCGGUUUAAGGACCCAAACGCUCCUAAGAGACCUCCCUUGUCCCUUUUGGGGUCGCGAGGGGUGCUGGAGCUUUCACAGCUGCAUUCGGACGGAAGGUCCGCGUUCUUCCUCUUCUGCGGGGACUUUCGCCCCAAGGUGAAGGGCGAGACUCCGGGGCUGUCCAUCGGCGACACGGCGAAGAAGUUGGGAGAGAUGUGGAACGGCUCAUCCAUGGAGGAAAAGCAGCCGUACGAGAAGAAGGCGGCCAAGUUGAAGGAGAAGUACGACAAGGACAUUGUGGCCUACCGCACAAAGGGCAAAGUAGAUUCCAGCUCUGCUCCGGUGGCGGUGGCGGUGGUGGUGGCGGCAGCAGCGGCAGAUGACGACGAGGAUGAGGAUGAUGACGAGGGAGAGGAUGAGGAUGAAGAUGACGAGGAUGACGAGUAGUAUUCGUGGAGGAAGGGGUGGUGGGACCUGUGUUUUGUCGAUGGCAUAUAACCAACCACAAUUUAGUCCAGCCACCAUGUUGACGUCAAUAUUGUGUAUAUUUAAUGUUUUUACGAUGUACUGUACAGUGUGGAAAAAAAAAAAAAAGACGAAACGCCACAUAUCUUCCCUUUUGGGAUUUUUCCUGUGGUCCUUCUUUAUCCCUGGCGGCCUCCUUCAGCAGGAAGGUAUUUAAGUCUUUAGGUGUAGCGACUCAAAAAUGAGAUUUCUGAGUUGGUUGUAUUGUAUUGUUUUUUUUAUUUUGUCAUUCUUUAUCCAUGUGCCAUCCCAGUAUUUUUAUUGUCCUUUUCAAUGAAGUGCAGCUGUCGACAUUCAAGAAUGUCCUACUUAUUUAAAUAAAUGUUCUUCUGUU